CGGCCGCGCCGGGGUCGGGGUCCGCGGCAGCUGCGGGGCGACGCGCGGGCCGGACCCACUGAAGCUGCGGCACAGGGAGCGGGGCUGCGGGGUCGCGGCGGCGGCGAGAGGGCUGCGGGAGCGCGCGGCGCCCUUAACCUCCAGCCGCGGGAGCGCGCCCGCACCCGCCCGUCGGGCCGGCUGGCCGGGAUGUCCGGCGCAGAAGAGGCCGGCGGGGGCGGCCCGGCCACAGGGCCCACCGGCGCCGUGCCGGCCGGGGCCGGGGCGGCCGCGGGGUCAGCGGCGGCGCUGGGCGAGGCGGCAGGGCCCGGGAUCCCGGACGAGGCGGGCCUGGCCGGCGCCCGGCAGCUGCAGGAGGCGGCCGGCGACCCUGACGCGCCGCCCAAGAAGCGGCUCCGGGCGGCCGAGGCGGCCGAGGCGGCGGCGGGCAGCGGGAAGCUGGAGGAGCGGCUCUACUCGGUGCUGUGCUGCACCGUCUGCCUGGACCUGCCCAAGGCCUCCGUGUACCAGUGCACUAACGGUCACUUGAUGUGCGCUGGCUGUUUUAUCCACCUACUAGCAGAUGCCCGGCUGAAGGAGGAGCAGGCCACGUGCCCCAAUUGUCGCUGUGAGAUCAGCAAGAGCCUCUGCUGCCGCAACCUGGCUGUGGAGAAGGCCGUGAGCGAGCUGCCCUCCGAGUGCGGCUUCUGCCUGCGCCAGUUCCCCCGCUCCCUGCUGGAGAGGCACCAGAAAGAGGAGUGCCAAGACAGGGUGACCCAGUGCAAGUACAAACGCAUCGGCUGCCCGUGGCACGGCCCCUUCCACGAGCUGACAGUGCACGAGGCCGCGUGCGCCCACCCGACCAAGACGGGCAAUGAGCUGAUGGAGAUCCUGGGCGAGAUGGACCAGAGCCACCGCAAGGAGAUGCAGCUGUACAACAGCAUCUUCAGCCUGCUCAGCUUUGAGAAGAUUGGCUACACAGAGGUCCAGUUCCGGCCGUACCGCACGGACGACUUCAUCACACGCCUGUACUACGAGACACCACGGUUCACGGUGCUGAGCCAGACAUGGGUCCUGAAGGCGCGCGUGAACGACUCGGAGCGCAACCCCAACCUGUCCUGCAAGCGCACCCUCUCCUUCCAGCUGCUUCUCAAGAGCAAGGUCACUGCGCCGCUGGAGUGCUCCUUCCUGCUGCUCAAGGGCCCCUACGACGACGUGAAGAUCAGCCCCGUCAUCUACCACUUCGUCUUCACCAACGACAGCAACGAGACGGACUAUGUGCCGCUGCCCAUCGCCGACUCCGUGGAGUGCAACAAGCUGCUGGCUGCCAAGAACAUCAACCUGCGGCUCUUCCUGUUCCAGAUACAGAAGUAGGAGGGCACCACGCCGCCGCCGGGCGCCUCGGGGAGCCGGCAAACCCUGGGAAAGUGCAUGUGUGUGCGAAGGUGUGAGCACUCAGCGCCUCGCCCUCCGCCCGCCCCCUGCCCAGGGCACCGGAGGCCGGGCUACCGCAGCCCAGGGACACGCGAGGCUCAGCGCAGUGGACCUGCCCGGCCCCCGUCAUUCGUCACUCGAUGGGGCUGCGCCGUCUGCCCAGGGCCACGCGCGGCUCCUGGGCCGGGCUCGGGGGGGGCACUGGCUUCAGACGGCAUAUUUGAUUGCAAUUAAAAAGGCACCCUUGUUUCCUACUUUCUGUUUUGUUCGAGGGUAAGGUGUGGCUGUGAUUGGAGCUAUGGUUUGGCCUGGGGUCGGAGCCCACCCAUCCCUGUUACUGCCCCUCUGUGUGCUGCCCAGGAGACACUCCGAGAUGCCGCCCCUCGGGAGUGGGCAGGGCCGGGUCUUGCAGCAGCUUGACCACCACCACCCCUGCCCCAGCUGCUCCAAGCGGCAGGACUUGGCCACUGGGCUCAGCAGACUUUUCGGAAUGCAGGGUGAAAUUCUGUCUCUUUCCAGGGGAAAAAAAAAUGAAGCUCUUUACAGUCUCCUCUGUAAAUUAUGCAAGUUCAGUUAGAAUCUAUUUUCUGUAUUCAGCCUCAAGUGCACAGAGUCCCUAGGCUGUGAGGAAAACUCGGGGGGCCACUGGUGGUGAGCGAGACUGUCUGACUAGUGAAGGUCCGAGUGGGCCAGCCGCCCCCAUGCUGCUCUCAGGGAUAGGCUGCUGGCCUUGUGUCCGUGGGUACCCUGUGGAGGUCAGCGCCUGGGCAGCGAGCAUGCUUACUCGCCUGAGAGUCGGUCUCUUCUUAGCCUUGACUAUUGUUCCCGCUGCCACGGCACCAGGGCUACAGUGAGCGUGCCCAGAGUGUGGGUCCGGGAGAGCAGGAGCCUGGAAGACCCCAGGACCCUCGGAGCUACUGGAGAGCUUGGCCCCCUUUGCUGAGGAGACACGGCUCCUCUGUGAUAGCUUUUCUUUGCUUCAGUACCAAAGAACCGUUUUGCCCCUAGCCAGGCCCUUUCCAAGCCUCGGAGCAGCCCCUGCCGCCUGGCCCCAUUGCCCAAGCCAAGCAGGGCUCAGCAGGCAGCAGUGUAGCCCUGGCAGCAAGAGUGCAGCCACAGGCCUGGCCUGCCUCUGGGGGGUCUCCCCUGUCCUGGCCCUCGAGUUGGGGGCUGAGACAGUGGAGUCGGUUCUCCCACCAGGGCGGUUCCUUAAGUUACUCAGAAGCUUAUUUGGCUUCCUGUUCCAAUCCCAGGAGAUGAGGCUUGGGAGGGUCCCUUCCUGCAAGGCUGAUGGCCUGGCCACCGAGGAGACCAGGAGAUGCACUGUGCUUGGUGUUCUGCCCUCUACAAAGGAAGACCCCCAGCCCAGCCCCCCAUAGCAAUCUCAACUUGGGCACACUCAGCCCCACUACCCUCAGGCUGUCCCCCACCGGACGGGCACAGAGGAUGACAUUCAGGUAGUUGCAGGUCAGGUCUGUGUGGAGGAGAGAGCACCCUGUCACUGCAUCUCUGGGGAGUUCCUGGUUUCCAAAUGACUGUGUUGUGAGUGGAGCCGAGGCAGGGGCGGGGUAGCUCUCCCACUUGUGUUUGGGUGCAUCUGUGAGAGAUUGAGUCAGCAGACAGCAGCCCCUGCUGGCUCUGCUGGGGUGGGGCAGGGUGGGAGAUGUCGGAUUUCUGUGUGUGGCUGCAGCCCUGCGUGUAAGGGUGGCGGACAGGCGGGGCUGGGAUCUGUGGCACCAGUGUCCGCCUUGUGCCAGGGUUACACAGCCCACAGCGUCCUGCAGCCGAGGGGGUGUGUUGGGUGCCCAAGAAGACUAACAUCCCAGUGUCACUGUCCCAGCACGGCCCCCACCCUGUGACUGUCACAGCCUGUGGCCACCGGGCACCCUGGGAAUUUGUAAUGUCUCAGCCACAGCCGGGGCCUGGCACCACAAACCUCGUGGGCAUCUCACUGGGGCCCACUGAUUUAUGGGGGAUGUCAUCCAUGUUGAUGAAGAGACACCAGUGGUCUAUCUCCAGGACCCCUGCCAUAUUGGCAUCCUGACCUGCAGCUGGGGGGAGUGCAACCUCUGCAGAUGUGGGGGGAGGCAUGGGGGCACAGACCAAGCCGGCCCCUCCUCUGUCCCCUUCUCAUCCCCACUCCCCUGUGAGCACUACAUCCUCAGUUCACUCAAAGUGACACAUUUACAAAAA